UGCUCUGGGCUGCGGAGAAACGAUGAUGGGUAGUUACAGUGCAGCUGGAACUGGGACAAAUGGUGGCUGUGAACAGCAAAGGCGGAAGACAAGUGUCCCACGAUCUCUCUCCCACACUAGGACCCCCAGGCCCUCACGUCCGCGCCUGCCCUCCUCUAUCGGCGAUCUGCAUCUCCUGGCCUGGCAGGAAGCUCAAGCUAACACCAAAAAUUCCCCUACAGGGCCGCCCAGGCUAACACGAGCGACCAAGGCCAGGGAAUCCUCCAGCCCCAGCAUCCCCUCGGCUCCGUGGCUCUCGGACCGGCCCAGGGAGAGACACUUUCAGCCCUCACCCCAUCUGCCUUGGAGAGACAAGACUGCCCUUCCACACCCCAGAGUGAGGGGCCCAGGCUGCCCGGGACCCCGCCAGACUGAGGGUCUCUGUUGAGGAGAAAGGGACCUGGCAACCAUCACGUCUUCCUGAGUCUCCAUCUCUGUCCACUGCAACCUGCAAACCCCAGCCCUCCGUAUUUAUGCCCUGACCCCUGGCCAGCUUUCCAUCUCUGCCUCUGAGACUCAAGCCUCCCUCCCUCCCUGAUAUGGAGAGUAACCUCUCUGGCCUGGUGCCUGCUGCGGGGCUGGUGCCUGCGCUGCCACCCACCGUGACCCUGGGGCUGACUGCAGCCUAUACCACCCUGUAUGCCCUGCUUUUCUUUUCUGUCUAUGCCCAGCUCUGGCUGGUGCUUCUAUAUGGGCACAAGCGUCUCAGCUAUCAGACGGUGUUUCUGGCACUCUGUCUGCUCUGGGCCGCCUUGCGUACCACUCUCUUCUCCUUCUACUUCCGAGAUACUCCCCGAGCCAAUCGCCUGGGGCCUUUGCCCUUUUGGCUUCUCUACUGCUGCCCUGUCUGCCUGCAGUUCUUCACACUGACGCUUAUGAACCUCUACUUUGCCCAGGUAACCAUGGAAACGGGUUGGGAUGGGAGGUCAACAAAUCCAAGGGCCCAAAGGAGUGAUGGGCAUCUCUGCUCCCAGGUGGUGUUCAAGGCCAAGGCGAAGCGUCGGCCAGAGAUGAGCCGAGGCUUGCUGGCUGUCCGAGGGGCCUUCGUGGGGGCCUCCUUGCUCUUUCUGCUCGUGAAUGUGCUGUGUGCUGUGCUGUCCCGCCGGCGGCGGGCACAGCCCUGGGCCCUGCUGCUGGUGCGAGUUCUGGUGAGCGACUCCCUCUUCGUCAUCUGCGCCCUCUCCCUUGCCGCCUGCCUCUGCCUCGUCGCCCGACGGGCCCCUUCCACCAGCAUCUACCUGGAGGCUAAGGGGACCAGUGUGUGCCAGGCAGCUGCCAUGGGAGGUGCCAUGGUACUGCUGUAUGCUAGCCGGGCCUGCUACAACCUGGCAGCCCUGGCCUUGGCACCCCGGAGUCGGCUGGAUGCCUUUGAUUACGAUUGGUACAACGUCUCUGAUCAGGCGGACCUGGUGAAUGACCUGGGGAACAAAGGCUAUCUGGUAUUUGGCCUCAUCCUCUUUGUCUGGGAGCUUCUGCCCACCACUCUGCUGGUGGGCUUCUUCCGGGUGCACCGGCCCCCACAGGACCUGAGCACCAGCCGCAUCCUCAACGGGCAGGUCUUUGGCUCCCGCUCCUACUUCUUUGAUCGGGCAGGCCACUGUGAGGAUGAGGCCUGCUCUUGGGAACACAGCCGGAGUGAGAGCACCAGCAUGUCUGGAAGCCUGGGCUCUGGCAGCUGGUAUGGUGCCAUCGGGCGUGAGCCAGGCUGGUGCGGAGGCAGCCAGACCAGGACAACGCCACUGCUCUUCUCCCAGGUGCCAGGACCAGGAGGUCACCACCACAGCCUCUACUCCACCCCACAGACGUGACCCCCUCCCACUUGCCCCAGACUUGUGGCUCCCUUACCCCAGGCCCCGUGCGAAGUUCGUCUGCCGCUUCUUGCCCAGGAUCCCGGGGGCCGUAGCUGCCCCCCCCUCUGGCCAGCUCCUCGCUGCUCCUCUUGUAGUGAGCUUGUGCUCUCCCCCUAGGUUGGGGGGCACAGCCCUGGCUGCCAGAUGCCCACAGCGCCCUGGCAUGACCUGCCACCUCCGCUUCCACACUGGAGCCAGCUACCUCUCCUGUGCCUGCCACUCAAUAAAC